UCCCCCUUAUGGUACGAUUGAUACUAACAUCUUUUCUGUCGAGGUUGGAUGAUGAUGGGUGCUCUUGGCGGUGGAGGCUGGAACCUGUUUUGCCCGGUGAGUCUACAUAGUAAUGAUGUCAUCCCCUCACUCAACGGCUCCGUAUACUCCCUGUCCCACACUUCGUACAUACUCGCUCCUCUAAGAGCCACCGGUACCAUCUCUAAGUUCUUUGGAGCCCCGAGAAAGAGUGGUACCAUCUCGAGUCUACGUCCGUCCCUUUUCAAUGGGGAGCUGUGGAUAAGGUUGUAGAGGUAGUCGGAGCUGAAGAUAGGUUCUUCGUCACUGGGACACUUCCCGUCCAGAAACUGGCAGAGAGAGGGCGUGGCCACGAUGAUUAGGUAGUCGGAGUCUUCGAUUUGGUGUUGGCACCAGCGCAUUAUGUUGGGCGUCCCGGAGUCCCUAACCAGCAGGUCGUAGGCCACGGCUACCGACUGAGAGGUGAGAAAGUCGGCGAAACGCUGGACGGCCGUCUCGUGGUCGUGCACUUCUCUCUUGGCGGCUAGUUCGUGAGCCACCACUUCUUCCUCGAACUGCCGCCACACUUCAGGGUUUCCCGCCGAGUUCUGUGGCGGUGCUCGCUGCUCGUAGAGCGUGGGCUUGUGGGGGUAGGCUAUGAAGACUUUGGGAAGGUAUCUGCCGUCGUAGAAGACGCGCUGAAUAUCCGGACCGUCGGCCAUGUUUUCAGGCACGGGAAAACCCCGGGUGCGCUUUAUUUGGAGAAAACGUUAUGGCAGAGGGAGCUGAUGAAAAGUCCGUCGAUGAGCAAGAGUUGGAGCGUUUGGCGGUGGAGUCUCUGUUGGAGGACGUGAGACGAAGAAAAAGUAGAGUGGAAAGGGUAGGAACCAUGGGCUGGGUGAAAGAGAGAAGCGUCAACAAGCGUUUUCUGAACUCACUUGUACUGCAAACAGUACCUCGCCGCCAACAGGUGGCUGGCAAAGCAGACAGACGUGAGAGAAGUAGGGACAAUGAGCCUGUCAUUCGAGGAGAAGGAAGGCAUACCCAGGACCAUAGAUCAGUAGAUGAUGGUAGGGAGAGUGGUUUAUCUGACACAAAGAGGAGGACGAGGAUAGAGGAGGAGCAAAGUAAGGACGAGAAACACGACUACAGGAGAGGAAAGGACGAUUAUAAACACUCGAGCUACAGAAAAGAGCACUCCUCAUACCAUCGUACUAGAGAGAAACCAAGAGAUAAGGGGAGUCUGGAACAUAGCAGAAGAAACUACAGCACAACCAAGUCAUAAUCCCAUGGUGUGCUCCAUGUGUAUCAUCGUCUAUUUUAUUGACCAGUUUCUAUUCAACAUGAAAGGAAUAAUUAUUAUACACAAUCGACUUUUGUGCAGUUGCUGUGUGUGCAUCAUGAGUGUUAGUGUAAGAAGAAAUUGAGUGGCACUAUAAGGGAGGGGUGGAUGUGUGGGGUUAAGAUGGUGUUUGGGAGUGAGAGCGUUCAUCUCGUGGAGGUGGAGGCUCCUUGGUUUUCCUGUCCCUGGUACUCCGACUGCCACCUGCCGAACCCCUGUCUUCUUCUCUGUCACGACUGGAGCUCCGGUGUCGCCUCGACC